AUGGAGCCCCUCAUUGCCGUCGUCGGUUCAACAGGCACCGGCAAAUCCAAGCUUGCAGUGGAUUUAGCCACCCGUUUCAACGGCGAAAUCAUAAAUGGCGACGCUAUGCAAAUGUACCGUGGCCUACCCAUCAUCACGAAUCAGAUACCAAGCGAGGAACGUAACGGCAUCCCACAUCACUUGAUCAGUUGUGUCGAUUUGGAAGAGGAGCCCUGGCGCAUAGGUCAUUUCAAAAGGGAAUGCCUGCGACUUAUAAAGGACAUACACUCCCGAGGGAAGCUCCCCAUUCUGGUCGGAGGAACGCACUACUACACACAAACUGUACUCUUCCAGGAUCAGCUGGUCGAGGAGAGCCUCUUUUCAGGCGACAGUGAUGACGCACAUUUCCAUGACGAGACUGAGCCUACGUCCGCAAAGUGGCCCAUCCUUGACGCGCCGCCAGAGGUGGUCUUUCAGAAAUUAAAGGAAGUCGAUCCCGUUAUCGCCAGUCGAUGGCAUCCAAACGACGUGCGCAAAAUCCGACGAUCUCUGGAGAUUUACUUUCAGACUGGCAAGCCGGCCUCCGAGAUAUACGCGGAGCAGAAGCGUCAGAAAUAUGCAAUGGAGACAAAUGGAGAGUCUUCCCUGGGUAUAGGACAGCUCCGUUACCCGACACUGAUAUUCUGGGUGCAUUCAGAGAAGGAGACAUUGAACUGCCGACUUGCCAAACGUGUAGAUUCUAUGGUGGAGCAAGGGUUGAUGGCAGAGGCCCAGAGAAUGUGGGCUUAUCUUCGGGAGAAAAAAAAGCAAGGCAUUACUGUUGAUCAAACUAGAGGCGUCUGGGUCUCCAUCGGGUUCAAGGAAUUAGCACCCUACUUUGACGCCUUGGAUAAUGGUGCUUUGAGCGAAGGGGAGCUUGAAGCGCUCAAACAGUCGUCGAUCGAGUUGGUGAAAAUCGCAACACGUCAAUAUGCGACGUCCCAGAUCAAAUGGAUACGGAACAAGCUUUGGAAGGCGCUAGCUGACGCCAGUGCGACAGAUAAUUUGUAUCUUCUUGACAGUACAAUCGUUGAAGACUGGCAGAAGUGUGUCACCGAACCAUCUGAGCGCCUGACUCGGGCGCUGCUCAACGACGGACCCAGACCAGAUCCUAAAUCUAUCUCUGACCUGGCAAGAGAAACACUGGGCGCACGGGAGGCUCAGGCGCAGACACAGCGCAGCGACCUGCUUCAGACUUUUACAUGUGAGGUCUGCAGUAGAACAAUGGCGACAGAAGACCAGUGGAAUAUUCACCUGAACGGGCGUGCCCACAAGAGGGCAAUCAAGAAUGCAGCGAAAAGAGCAGAGCGCGAGGAAUAUUUGCGCAACCAGCAGACCUUAGGUGUUGUUCAAAACCGUGACGAUCCAACUCCUACUGAGCAGCCUUCGACACCGCAGUAG